AUGAAUAAGAGCACCCGCCCUAUUCAACAAAAACAACAACAACAACAACUCGUUGACGAUUGGAGAUGUGAAGCAGCAACAGCAAUUGAACAAGGGCAGGAUGGCAUCAUCGAUGAGAUGGGAAUCAGAUAUCAUCUAGAGUUGAGCAUCUUGUUGUACGUACCAGCUGAGGAAGCUUCUGGAGACCAUCGUGCACUGAUACCUGGCGAGAUUUAUGCUGUCAUGUGCUUGGCGUGUAACCAGCAACUACCCCAAUUGCGGGGAUUGAUUCGUAUCCAAGGAUCACUUUUGGGGGAAAGGUCGAGCACAACAACCACCUCCAGUAUCCAAGACAACCACCACAACAACAUCCCAACACAAUCUGACCUAUCACCAAUACCUUCAAGGAGACGAGGAUCAUCAUCAUUGUCUUCAGCAGCACCAAAAGCUAAAGUGUUACGACCCUUCAAUACUUCAGAAAUCAAGGUGCUUCUUCUCGAGAAUAUCAGUCAUGUGGCCACACAAGCUUUUCAAGAAGCAGGAUACCAGGUGGAAACGUGUCCUCGUGUAUUAGACCCAACCGAGCUGAAGGACAAGAUCCGAGAUGUGCAUAUUAUUGGUAUCCGUUCCAAGACCAAGCUUCCAAAGGAAAUACUCGACGAGGCUCAAAACUUGUUGGUGAUUGGAUGUUUUUGUAUUGACACGACGCAAGUGGAUUUGGAUGCAGCUGCAUCCAAGGGCAUUGCUGUUUUCCAUUCUCCUUUCAGCAAUUCACGAUCUGUGGCAGAAUUAGUGAUUGGUGAAAUCAUAUCCCUUGCUCGACAACUGGCCGACCGUAAUCGAGAGAUGCAUGGUGGUGUAUGGAACAAAGUCUCACGAGGAUGUUUUGAAAUCCGUGGCAAGAUCCUUGGCAUUGUUGGUUAUGGCCAUGUGGGAGCACAACUCUCUGUGUUGGCGGAAUCGCUUGGUAUGCAAGUCUUUUUCUACGAUGUGGUGCAAAUCAUGCCAUUGGGGAGUGCACGCCAAGUGGAUACGCUUGAUGAAUUACUGGGAUUGGCUGAUUUCGUAUCGUUGCAUGUACCUGAAUGUGAUGAAACACGGCACAUGAUGAAUGAGGAUCGGCUCGCUGCCAUGAAAUCGGGUGCUUAUCUGAUCAACAAUGCACGAGGUAGUGUGGUGGAUAUCCCUGCUCUGGUAAAUGCUUUACGCUCAGGCCAUCUUGCUGGUGCUGCCAUUGAUGUUUAUCCCGCCAUGCCUGUAUCCAAUGGUCCUCACCAAUUUGACGAGUAUCCCGAUCUUUACGAUUGCCCCAAUUUGAUCCUGACACCGUACAUUGGCGGCUCUACCGAAGAAGCACAAAACAAGAUUGGUCGUGAAGUAGCUGCUGCUCUCAUCAAGUAUGUCAAUCAAGGCUCAUCCAUGGGUGCUGUCAAUUUCCCAGAAGUGGCACUCCGCUCCAUUGAUGAACGUGACAACGGCACUGUACGCGUCUUGCAUGUCCACCAGAACGUUCCUGGCGUUUUAAGGGAAAUCAAUGAAAUAUUUGCACAUCGUAACGUAGAGAAGCAAUACUCGGAUUCACACGGCAACAUUGGCUAUGUUAUGACCGACAUUGCCCAAGUCUCUGAAGAACAGCUGUUGACCCUUCAUAAUACCAUUGUUGCUACCCGUACCAAUAUUAGAACCCGAAUUCUUUAUUAA